AAAUAAAUAAUGAAUAAUGGGGAGUCAUUUAUCUGGCAUUGCACCUGCACAAAUUUUGAGUGCAGAUAAUUACUUUGUAGAAUUGCCAGAAUUUCAGUUUGAAAGCAGUCUAGGAAGCACACGAUUUUUGAAAGUUGCAAGAGCCAAGCAUAAGGAGGGUUAUGUUGUUAUUAAAGUAUUUGUAAUUCAUGACCCGUCAAUACCACUGCAGCCAUAUCAAGAGGAAUUGUCUAGAAUUGGUAAAAGUGUGUCUGGGUUUCCAAAUGUUCUUCCAUUUCAAAGAUCUGUUCUUACUGAUCGUGCUGGUCUUCUGAUUCGACAAUUUGUACACGACAAUUUGUAUGAUCGAAUCAGUACACGUCCAUUUCUAAGUAUUGUUGAAAAAAAAUGGAUUGUGUUUCAAGUACUAUGUGCACUAGAACAGAUGCAUUCUGUUAAGGUAUGCCAUGGGGAUAUAAAAACUGAGAAUAUUAUGGUCACUAGUUGGAACUGGGUUCAGUUAACUGAUAUUGCCAGUUUUAAACCUGUGUUCUUGCCAUUAGAUAAUCCUGCUGAUUUCAAUUAUUUUUUUGAUACAUCUCGUAGAAGGACAUGCUGUUUAGCUCCAGAAAGAUUUAUUGAUUCACGUACAAGAAAUUUAGAUUUAAGUAAUGUCAUUUAUGAUGGAGAAAAUAAAAAAGAACAGGUUGGCACUAUGCUCCCUAUGCAAGGAGUUCCUACCCAACAAUUUGAAUUAACUGAAGCAAUGGAUAUAUUUUCAGUAGGAUGUGUUGUUGGAGAGCUAUUUUGUGAUGGUGCUAGCUUAUUUGAUCUUUCUCAACUACUCGCUUACAGAUUAAAUGAUUUUCACCCUGAAGUCAAGAUACAAAAAAUUAAUGAGAGUAUUAAGGAUAUGAUUAUGCACAUGAUUCAAAUGGAUCCUUCAAAAAGAUUAACAGCUAAAGAGUACAUGACUAAAUAUAGAGGCUCAAUAUUUCCAGAAGAAUUUUAUUCUUUUCUCAAAAGUUACUUAUCAGGUUUUGUGGGAUUGCCAAUUAUAACUGCAGAUGAAAAGAUUGCUAAAUUGGUCAAAGAUAUGGAUUUAAUUUGCAGUUCUUUGUGCCAUAAGUAUGCUCUAAAUACUAAAGAAGCAUUUCCUAAUGUUGCUAUUGAAACUGUUACUAUAGAAAAAGAUGAAAGAAGAGUUCCUGAAACUGAUAACUGCUUUGUUAUGAUUGUUUCAUUGGUGAUUUCAUGCGUCAGAAGUUUAAAAUUUUGUAUAUCCAAGUUAAAUGCAUUAGAUCUGCUUUUGAAGUUGUCUUAUUAUGUGACAGAUGAGAUUAUCUUAGAGCUGAUUCUUCCAUAUAUGUUCUUUCUUGUGACAGAUUCGAUUCCUCGCGUUCGUGCACAUUCUAUCACUGCAAUCACUAAGUGUUUACAAAUCAUUACUAUUUUACCCAAAAAUGAAGCUAAUAUAUUUCCAGAGUACAUUCUACCUAAUCUUAGUCAGCUUGUUAAUGAUCCUGAAGUUAUAGUGCAGUGUGCAUUUGCAGAAAAUAUAUCAUCUCUGGCUGAAACUGCUCUUCGAUUUUUAGAGCUAGCCCAACUAAGCAGCAUAAACAAUAAUGACAGAGAUGAUCAAAUUCAAUAUCAGGUGAGUUAUGAUGUUGAGCUGCAUGCAUUGCAUGAACUCAUACAAAAUAAAGUUGUUGCUUUGCUCACUAAUUCUGACAGUGUUGUCAAGCGUACUCUUAUGGAAAAUGGACUCACUCGACUUUGCGUAUUUUUUGGAAGGCAAAAAGCUAAUGAUGUGUUAUUGUCUCACAUUAUAACAUUUUUAAAUGACAAGCAUGACUGGCAGUUAAGAGCUGCAUUUUUUGAUAGCAUUGUUGGGAUAGCUGUUUAUAUCGGUUGGCAUUGUCUAUCUAUUUUAAAACCUUUAUUACAACAGGGUUUAAAAGAUACAGAAGAGUUUGUUGUAGUCAGAGCUCUUCAAGCACUAACAUCAUUAGUUGACCUCGGUCUAUUGCAAAAGCCUAUCAUAACUGAAAUGCUUAUUGAUGUUGUCCCAUUUGUUUCACAUCCGAAUCAAUGGAUACGAUACGCAUCAGUUGGAUACAUUGUUGCGUGCGCUAAAAAGAUGCCACUUGUUGAUGUACAUUGUCGUCUGAUGCCUUUAGUGCUGCCAUAUUUAAAACAACCAAUUAUUCAGUUAGUAAAUCAGACUGUUUUGUUAAGUGUUCUUGUUGAUCCAAUACCACGCAAUGUGUAUGAUUACAUUGUUAGAUCACCGCAAACACGAACUCUUCUUGCAAGAUUAGAGCUUCAUCACCAAGACAACAAAACCAUGUUUAAUCCCUCAAAUGAAGAUCCUUUGUCUCAAAUUACAAGAAAACUUAAGUCACAAGGAAUGACUGCUGAGAUUGAGGAAAAGAUUAUUCGACUUAAAGAAAUUAUUCUCAAACUUAAUGUUAAUAAAAUUAAUCCUGAAAUGCAUCAGACCCAAGAUCUGGUUUUUCCAGGACUUCUGGACUUGUCUUCUUUAAAUAUCAUUCCAAAAAGUAAAGAAAUAGAUUUAAGUCGUAUGGUAGAAACAAAAGCUGAUCCAAUCAUUCAAUCUGCAAAACGUCCUGUAAAAAUUAGCCAGCAAACCCUACAGGGGCCUCUACAGAUUAUGACUAAUUUAGAAGUAGAUUAUCUUAAUAAUGACUGUGAAGACAAAGGUGUUCAAAAGGUUGAAGAUCAAUCUUCUCGUUUGUCAACUUUAACUGAUCAAGCCAAGUUUGCACAAUGUAAACAAGAUGUGCGAACACUUUCAAUUUUUAAAUGCGAACAAUACGUAUCAGACCUUAAGCGUAAAAACUUGCUCAACUCUUUGACAGAAAAUAGAGGAAAACAAACUGGAUGGAAGCCUAAAGGUCAGCUGGUUGCUCAUUUACAUGAACAUAAAGCUGCUAUUAAUAGAGUCAUUACAAAUGAAGACUACAGUUUUUUUGUAACUGCUUCUGAUGAUUCAACAGUUAAAAUAUGGGAUACUCAAAAACUUGAUGGCAAAGGUUGGACAACACGAUCAAAGUUUACUUACACCAAACAAAUUGGUAAAAUUAACUGCUUGACAUUUUGUCAGAAUUCAACAACAUUGGCAUGUUCUUCUGAUGAUGCUUCUAUACAUGUGUUCAGAAUUGACACAAAUGCUGCUGGUAACAAUGUGCCUUUACUAAUAGAGAAAAAGCUAGAUGUUCAAGAGGACGGGCGUGCUGUAGAUAUGCAAUUUUAUGAUACAGGUAGUCAGUGGAUUAUUACAUAUGCUACUGUCCAUGGUUACAUGUGUGGUUGGGAUUUGCGUCUGCCAAAAGAUAAAUAUGCGUGGAAACUUAAAAAUGAUCUAACAUUAGGUUUGAUUACAAGCUAUGUUAUUGAUCCUCUUCAAUGUUGGAUAACUUGUGGAACUAGUGAUGGAGCGUUGGUAUGUUGGGACAUGAGAUUUCAACUACCUAUCACAAAGAUAAUACAUCCCAGAAAUGCAUGUGUUAGACGACUUGCUUGCCAUGCAUUAGAGUCUUCAUGGGUUGCUGCAUCUUUUCAUGGCAAUAAUGAAGUUUCUAUGUGGGAUUUAGAAACUGCUGCUAAAAGACAAACAUUAUGGGCAAGCCAAUAUCCUCCUUUAUCUCAUUCACAGGUAUCAAAUGACACUGUUCUUACAAUGCGUUCUAUGCAUCAAGGUUCAAAAACAUUUUUCAUUACUGCAGGAACAGAUAAACGAAUACGAUAUUGGGAUUUGCGAGAGCCAGAGCAAUCUGGGAUUAUAGUUGGAUCAGCAACUGAUAACCUUGAUAAUGUUCAACUGAUAUACAACAAUCGAAUGAUUGAUGGAACUGAGGUUAUCUACGAGACAUAUGAAAAGCGUCGCCUAAACUAUGAAGAUCGUCCUCGUAAAGAUGAAGCAUCUAUUGGCCAUCAUGAUUGCAUAACAGACAUUGCAACAACUAAAUCUCCUCAAAACUUUCUUAUUACAUCUUCUAUGAAUGGCGUUAUAAAAGUAUGGAAGUAGUUUUUUCGUUUUUACCUCGAACUUAGGUACAACUACGCGAUCUUAGGUGCGCAAUUUAAAAUUGCGUAUAUGUGUAUUAUAAUCUUGCACCGUAUACGUCUGCGAGCGUAUAUUAAAAUGUUAAAACCGCUUCCUCGAUACAUCUAAAAUUGGUGACUAAUAUUGGAAAUUUAUGAUAAAGAUUGGAAUCUAAUCUUCAAGAUAUUGUUUUGUAGGCAAUUAUACGCAACAAAAUUAAACUUUAAAGGUUUAA